CGUUGAACCCACAGAGCAUCUUCAUCCUCCUCCUCCUCCUCUUCCUCCUCUUCUACACAUCAUCCCUCAGAUAAAGGCGUAUAAAUGGGGCGCAGGAAGUCCAAGAGGAAGCCGCCUCCCAAGAAGAAGAUGACGGGGAACCUGGACACCCAGUUCACGUGCCCGUUCUGCAACCACGAGAAAUCCUGCGACGUCAAGAUGGAACGGACCCGGAACACGGGGAUUAUAUCAUGCAGCGUCUGCUUGGAGGAGUUCCAGACGCCGAUCACCUAUCUGUCCGAGGCUGUGGACGUCUACAGCGACUGGAUCGACGCGUGUGAAGCAGCCAAUCAGUAGCCCCGCCUCCCUGUGACUCACCUUCUCUCCCUCACCUCACGCUUCACCUCUGGUUUGGUGAAUCAGCUCCUGUCUGUCCCACCGUCCU